GAGUGUGAAAGAAGCCGGUACUCGUUGAACAGGAGAGGCUGCGGUGCUGUCUGACUCCGUGGUGCUGAAAGUGCCGCCCGCCGCGAUGUGGUCCGUGUUUUUCGUGUUUCUGUCUUAUCUAGACAGGAACUUUGUUAAAGGCGAAUUCUUAAGCCAAGCUUUAGAUGCCGAAAAAGAGAGCAAAGAGCUCUUUUACAUGCUCAACAACACUCUUUGCGCCAAAAGUUCAGUUGUAGGGGAGUAUCACCUCCAUCAGGUUACCGAUGGGGCUGAAGAGGUCCGCUCUGUGCAUGACUCUGAGGGACGCCUGCUCGACUGCUCUGUGAUCCAAAACGAAAUGCAAGUUAAAUCUUUCAUGCAUGUUUGCAGACUUGGUCUAAGAAACCAAAUGAGCUCCGAUUUGAAGAUGAGUUUGACUGGGGUGUCCGAAGCGAAGGCGAACUGUAACAAGUUGAAAUCGAAAGGCGACAGAAACGUGAUCGCGAAAACAAAAGCGAAAGAGCCGAACAAUAAAAAGACGCGAACCAAGCGAGGCUUCACUUAUCCCGGGACACUUUGGUGUGGUGCAGGAAACAUCGCAGAUCAUUAUGAUCAGCUAGGCGAAUUCGAAGAGACCGACAAGUGUUGCCGCGUUCAUGAUCACUGUCCAUACAUCAUCCAUGCAUUCUCCUCCAACUAUGGAUACACCAACUUUAAAUGGCACUCCCUUAGCCACUGCGACUGCGACAAUGCCUUAAAGGAAUGCCUGAGACAUGUAAAUGACACUUCAUCCCGAGUGGUCGGACAGGCCUUCUUUAAUGUGAUCGAAGUGCCUUGCUUUGAAUUUUCAUUUGAAGAACAGUGUGUUGAGCGUCAUUGGUAUGGGGUGUGUAAAAAGUAUGACAGAGUUCCCGUUGCAGUGAUUAAAGAAUCAAUCCCUUAUGAUUUCGGGGGGAUUGAUGUCAUUGAUGUAUUGACUAUCGCUCCUCCAAAGGAGAAACAGUCAGACAAAGAAAAGCAGAACAAGACUGAAAGUACAACACAGUCGACAAUCUCCGAAUCAAAGACCGCCACCCCUGAGGAGCCCUCGCUUACAAAUGUGGUGACAGCUGCGGAGGAUUUCAUUAAAGUCCUCGCCACGGUCUCCACCUCGCAAAGCUCGUCCACAGACGCAGGUAAAGGAGAAACUCAGACAGCAGAGAGGAAGAGGAAGAAAAACUCUGGCAAAAAGAAAAAGGAGAACAAGAAGAAAAGAGGGAAGGGUAAAGGCAGGAAGAAGAAUAAAAAACUUGACGCUGUGUUAAAGGUCGAUGAAGGAACGUCCGGCACGCCGUCGACCGGUCCAACAGAAGAGGUCAUGAGUAAGAACAACUUUGUGGAGGACUCAGCCAAAACAAAUCGGUUCGGCAGUAAAGAAAACAACUUCAUGAACACCGAGCUAGACUCUGUAGGAAACAAGCCACUUUCUAAUAAGAUGAUGAGAGAUGAUCCUCAGAGGACAAUGAAUGAUAAUCGAGAUGUUGUUAGCAUUACCACUUCAACAAAAACUGAUAAAGAACCAGAGAUUUUAGAGCACAGACAAGCAAACGACACAGAGUUAGCCUCUUCCUCACCUACAGCUCAGAUUACUCUAGCUGUCCGCGAUAAGACCAAAGCUAAGCUCAGACAAAGAGGCGGGAGGAAAAAGCUAAGAAAAAACAAUCCUUCCACAGAAGUCACCCAACCUCAUUUCAAAAAAGAAACGCUCUCAACAAGUCCGACCGAAGACGUUAGCCUCGCAACGUCAACAACCGGGAGUCCCAUUGAUGCUGUAACAACACAGUACACAGAAGAAAAGGGACCUGUAGUCAUUUCACAAAAAACACCCAUUGUUAGAACCAGAAGGCCAAGUUCGAGGCAGAGAGAAGGAAGAAAAAGAAUGAGGAAAAUCAUUGCUUCCUCUACAGAAGAACCCCCUCAUGAAAUCAGCUCUCAGGACCCUCUAAGUUCUGCGACCGUCGGGCCAACUGACAUGCUAGAGAGACUGGGACUUGAAAACCAAACGGAAAGCUUCACAUCAUCAAUGAAAAACGGACAACAAAGUUUCAAGGACACCAAGGGAAGAAGGAACAAACAUAGACGUGUAGUCAAAAUCUGCUAUGAAGCCGUUUUGCCUGACGUUACAGACACAACACCCCUCCCCGACCUGAUUGAAGAGGACAAUGCGUUUCAGUUGAAGGACCCUGAGAUAAAUACGGCAUCAAUGUUUCCCCUUGUACAGACUUACACUCCGCCCAUGGCAACCCGCAGACCUAGGAACACGAAAAUGAAGAGAAGCAGGGAGCGAGGAAACCUAGAAAAGCGUGGAAAAUUUAAGAGAGAGUGAUAUUCAAUAAGCUCCACAUCUUAUCUUCUAUCUAGGCUGCCAUACAAUAUGCAGCAAAUCUGUUUUAAUAAGCAGCAUGUUUUUACCUACUCUGUUUUUAUAGCUCCAUUGAUGGUAGACUGACAGAUCAGAUCAAUUUUAUGAAGCAUGUGUUUCUCGACAUGAUUCCUGAAUAAAGUAAAUAAGAGCA